UGUGACUCUUUCCAUUUCGCCAUUUUCUUGCUCUCCACCGGUGAUCAGCCUCUUGUCGGAUUCGUACCCAUCUCUUGUGCUCUGCUCCUGCUUCUACUACAAGACCUGUCAACGUAGAAUAGACCCUCUUUAGUGCCUAAACCUUUACAGGUUUACAGACCUUUACAGACUUUUCUACCUUUAGUUUCUAGUGUCCUAAACGCACAGAAGAAUGUCCGCCCAGAGCCCCGAGUACUCUCCCUUCUUCGCAGUGAUGGGUGCCUCAGCAGCAAUGGUGUUCAGUGCAUUGGGUGCUGCAUAUGGGACAGCCAAGAGUGGCACAGGCAUUGCCGCCAUGUCGGUGAUGCGGCCAGAGCUGAUCAUGAAGUCUAUCAUUCCUGUGGUCAUGGCGGGUAUCAUCGCCAUCUACGGCCUGGUGGUGGCUGUUCUCAUUGCCAACAACAUCUCUGAAAAAGUCUCACUCUACAAGAGUUUCUUGCACCUUGGUGCCGGGCUGAGUGUUGGUCUGAGUGGUCUAGCAGCUGGCUUUGCCAUCGGUAUUGUGGGUGAUGCAGGAGUCCGGGGAACAGCCCAGCAGCCUCGCUUAUUUGUGGGGAUGAUCCUCAUCCUGAUUUUUGCUGAGGUUCUGGGGCUCUACGGGCUUAUUGUCGCUCUGAUCCUCUCCACCAAAGGUUAAUUGUUGCUGGUAUCCUCUCUACAUAUGAACAACCAUCAACCACACACACACAAGCACCAACACAAACAUCUUACUAAUGAAAUGAUGAGAAACUAUAAGAGAGGAAUAUAUGCGAGCAUGCGUGUACUGUUGUGAGUGUGCUGUUUGCAAAUGAAUGUGUGAUUGAAUUCUCCUCUCUAUGUAUAGUAGCCUGAUAUGCGUUCCCCCUGUAAAUGCGCUGUUUAGCUAUUGCUCUUGUCCUGUGUGCGUGUUCAGAUAGAUGCCCUCCUAAGCCACACCUGUUUGUCAUCUUUUAUUUCGUCAUAAUUUUAUUCUUGUUUGGAGAAAAAAAUAAAAUGUUUGAUUUUUUUUUUUUUUUUUUUUUUUUUCUCACUUGUGGGACCAUUAAAAUUCAGACACUGAUGUUGAGGACCUAAAUGUAAAAAAAGAUGGAUUAUUGCUGUUUGUAUGUUUUUUUUUUUUCUUUUUUUUUUUUUGCUGAUUAUUUAUGAAGAUUUUGAAAUGUUCAUUAAACAGUUAAAAUGGAUCAAAGUCUUUAUUGAAAUCCUGAUUAUAUAAAUACAAUAUGUGAGUGUGUGUAUAAGAAUAUAUAUAUAUAUAUAUAUAUGUAUAUGUAUGUGUGUGUAUAUAUAUAUAUAUAUAUAUAUAUAUAUAUAUAUAUAUAUAUAUAUAUAUAUACAUACAUCUGUAUAGGUAGUUGAAUUGCACUGUGGGAAAUUUGUGGAGACUGUUGUCUUAAUCAAGGUAUUGAUGUGCAAGUUUACUAAGUGUGGGUGUGAAAAGAAUGUAUACACACGUAUGUUUGUGUGUGUGUGUGUAUUUUAGCUCUUAACGUAACAUUCUUCAGACGUGUAGCGUUUUAACUAGUUACUACUGUUUCUGGUUCCAUUAUUGGGUAAACACCAGCGCAGCUUAUACAGUUUCCAAAUAAAUCUUCCUCAACCUA